CGAAAUCGCUUUCUCUACAACAGAUUCCUGCUCCGCCGCUCCGUAUGAGGAGGAGGGCGAGCCCAGGACGGCUCUUGUCGGGGUCGGACUCGCCAGUCGAUUUAUAUCAACACGCACACAGCGACAACAACAGCAGCAGCAGCGCCAAGGCAGCAACACGACAGAGAUACGGGCAGCAGCAGCAGCGGUAGGCGGCAGGCGAGUCCGAGGCGGUGCAGGGAGAGAGGCGGAGGCCGCGCGACUCGUGGGGCCGGGCGGGACGCGGCGAGUCGCGCCUGGGCCCCCUUGAGUGGGGAGCCUCAGGCUCUGCGAGUCGGGGAGCCUCUGGCUCGGAGGAGCCUCAGGCUCUGCGAGUCGGGGAGCCUCAGGCUCUGCGAGUGGAGGAGCCUCAGGCUCUGCGAGUGGAGGAGCCUCUGGCUCGGCGAGUGGAGGAGCCGAGCCAUGCCGCUGGGCCUGAAGCCGAGCUGCAGUGCGUGCGGGGUGUGCGCCUCCCCGAUGUGGCGUCGCGGCCUCCAGGGCGAGGUUCUGUGCCAGGGCUGCGCCAGCCGCCCCGCGCCGGGGCCCCCCGCGUCUCCAGGGCCCCCCAGAACCAACGGGGGCGGUGGAGGAGGAGGCGGGGGUGGAGGCGGUGGAGGAGGGCGCCAGGGAAGAGCGGAGACUCAUCGGCGCUCGGCUCGUCUCAGGAACACGAAGGCCAAGUCGCAGCCAGUGGCCGAGAAAAAGGUGUUUGCCAAGGGCAAGGGCAGACGCCACAUCUUCAAACUCAAGCAUCCUCUGCGUGCAUCGGAAGCCGUGUCCACCGUUGUCACAAGCGAUUCUAUUUUUCAUGAGGGAGUUUACUACCAAGUUGGAGACGUGGUCUCUGUGCUGGAUGAAGACGGAAGCCUCUACUAUGCGCAGCUUCGCGGCUUCCUGCAGGACCAGUACUGCGAGAAGAGCGCCGUCAUCACGUGGCUGCUGCCCACGCAGGAAAGCCCACGGGGCUGCUUCGACCCUGCAACCUACAUCCUGGGGCCGGAGGAGGAGCUGCCGAGGAAGAUGGAGUACUUUGAGUUUGUGUGCCAUGCGCCCUCCGAGUACUUCAAGUGCGUGUCGUCUCCAUUCCCCACGGUGCCCAUCCGCCCGGAGAGGGGCUUCGUGUGGACCAACCUGGGUGUGGUGCCCAGCAACGCUGCCGGCUCGGCCAAGUGACUCCCUGCCUGCAGAGUCAACGUGAACUCUCCUCCAGCCUGGCCACUGGACAUUUUUGCUGAUUUCGAAUGAUUGGCAGGACUGUAUUGGCAGUGGUGCACACAUAUGUAAAAAAAGAAAAACCUCCGUUAUUCACACUGGUUUUAUGAGAGAAAUGUAUGUUUGUAUGUUGAACUUCUUUUACACCGUACAUAGCCAACUGUGCUAAUCGGAGGUGCGAAAUGUAUACUGUGCUACUGCCUGGAUUCUCGCGGUUGUGCCAUGUGGGUCUCCAAUGCGUUUUUGGGUCGUACCGCGUGCCGUUUGGAACGAUGUCUGACGGUUCGCUCCACAUGCUGGGAGCUCGUUCAGGAACUGAAGAAACAAACAUUCUGCCAACUUGGUACAACCAAAAAAUACGUCAAAGAGCUGUACUUAUUGUGGGCUACGAUAUUGGGAAGUGACUCCUUCAAAUACUUGUGCCCUCUGCUCUGGAAAAGGGCCUUUGUUUGGCGUGAUAGCACCGAUUCAUGUUAUUUUGUACAGUAGUGUUAUUGAUGAGUUACAUAUAUAUGAUGCACAUAUACUGGUCAUUGGAUUCUUAAUGUUGUACAUGUAAUGAGAAUAGUAAUUUGUUUAAUAGAGUGCCCUUUCCCCAGGGCAUCUCGGAGUGAUUAACACGCGAUGAGUGUACUUACAUCACGUUUCAUCUCAAGUAUUUGAAAGGGCAUCCCCAGUGGCAGCUGUCCCUGUGGGUUCAAGGUGAUUCAGCACCUGGCCUGCAAUUAGAAUAUACUCUGAAGAUUGUUGUUAUCCCAAUUAAGUAAUUUGCAGGUAAUUUUCAGAAUUUUGUAAAUUUGCACCACGAUGUCAAUGACCUGCUCAUAUCGAAUAACGUCCACUGUGAAUAAGACAACACGCAUUUUUCAUAUUCUUAGCUCUUUCGGUAAAGUCACGUUGAAGGGAAACAAUAAAAUAAUAAAAUAUAUAUA